UCUCAGUACAGUGUUGUCAACAGUGAGUAAAGUAGUUGUCACGAUUAUUUAUUAUUUCAAGGGAUGCUCGAAGAAAUCUUUCAGAUGCAGAUAUAGCAACAUAAUAGCAACUUGCAAAACUUGAAACUGAGCAGAGGUUUCCUCAAGUUUGUCUAGAUGGACCUACUGUCACAAAGUUGCAAUUCAAGAAGAAGUUAGAAAAUGUACUAUAUUAUUUCCAUUUCCUGCCACUAGUUAGUUUGCAUAAAUGAGGGCUGAUUGGACAACACUUGUUUUGAACAGGGAAGGUUUUAUACUUCUUUUUCUCAACUAUAUUUUCUUUUCAAUAAUUGUACUGAGUUGUCUACUCUUCCUCCUCUGUCUUGCUCACUCAUCAUCACCGCCGUGGAAUAUGAUGACAUCGUUGACAAUUCUGGCAUUCAGUUUUGUUAUGGUGAACAUGGUGCUUGCUGACUAUGUUGUACAGACAAUACACACGAAACGGGACUUUAAAAACUUUUUAUGAUAGAGGUUUAGGUUUAGGAUUUACAAUUGAGCAUCUUCAUGACUUAUUCUUGUGAAAGUUAAGGAUUGGUAAGGACAGAUCUAUAUUCAUGAUGUUCGGUGGAGGGGAUUUCAUAUAUAGACAGCAAGAUAUGGGCGUCAUUCAUGUAAAUACAAGUGACAGUCCAAGUGAUAAUGCAACACCAGCAUUGACACCGUCUAGUCCUAGCUCAAAAUACACCAAAUCUAGCAUCCCAGGACUAGAUGAAACAAACAGCCCAUUCAGAGGCAUAGUGUUGACAUUCUGGGACAAUAUUUUGGGACCGCGAGUGAGACAUGUUUGGCGUAUAAAUCAGAGGGAAGUACUACAGUCGGACCUACUUUCACAUAUUACUAGCCAGGUACUAAGCUGUGAGAUAUGUCGAGAUCCAUUCAAAUGUGAUAUUGACUACAAAUUCUAUAAUCUACCACAUAAAGGUGUAAUUGUUCCUGCAUUUGUGUUCUCUGCUAAAGGGACUCACGGCAUUGCUGUACACUCCCUGUACAUUGUGAUACCAAGCUCAGAGCUCAAGUUUUACCUUGAGAUUCAUGAGACACUGACAUGCUGUUUUCAGAGAUUAACUGGCAAGUUCAGAGUAAUUCUCGAUAAGAAUGAUUUUGAUACAUCUAUUGAAGUGUUUACAAAAUAUUUGAUGGAAUGUGUCAGAUUUCUCUCCCUUGUUCAUUUCUCAUCACUAGCAGAUAUGAUCUCAAUAUCAGAUACAGCGUUUUGUCCAGAGCAUGUUUUGGAGCGUGAUUUCCUGGCACGUUGUGUGGCCUCCCAUCUCAUGACAUUUGGUAGAACUCUAGUCAUUGGUGAAACAGCAGAUAGAAUCAAUUUGGUGCUAUAUACAUUAUCCAUGUUCAACAGUCAGCCUGAGAGACGUUGCUCCCUGCCAUUGUGUGUGAAGGACCCAAAACCAUAUCAUCAUGACUUCUUUCUUCAAGGUCUUAUCAAGGAAGACAGUAAAAAAUUCCUGCCCAUGACAGAGAUUUUUGCAAGUCGUUACCCCACCACUAUAAUUGAUCUUACUUCCCGCGACGUGAAGCAGACAGAAACUUACAGUGAUCAUAUCUUACAUAGGUAUGAGACCAUCAAAAAUGAGCUCAUCUGCCUACAGUAUGGACACUUUGAAGAAUUAGUGGUGCUUGACCAGGAUCUACAUGCAAGUUCAGCAUAUCCUGAUACACUUGUGCAGACAUUUAUGAAAGAGAUAUUUGAGUUACCAGAAACUUGCUGGAUACGUGAAGCUUACAUCAGUCAAUUUAUGAGAAUGUUACACAAGAGAGCCCAGUGUCUUAUAGAGUGUGCUAAAGCUGAAAGCAAUGAUGGAACUGUACCAUUAAAGUUACAAACCCUGAGGAAAAUCAGAAAUGACUUGCAAUUACAUGCUGAAGGUGACUUCAGGAUUGUGUUGGCAACAGCAGAGAAAUUGAAACCUGGUUUUUUCUGUUUUCUGAAGACUCAUCGUAAAGCAGAGAGGGAUCAGACUAAAAAUGUAGAAGUGUUAUAAACUCUAUAUUCUGUGGAGAGUUGCCUGCAGGUUAAAGUGUUGUAGUCUUUAUAUUCCUCAGAGAGUUGACUGUAGGCUGUAGUGUUGUAAACUGUAUAUUCUUAGGAGACUAGCCAGCAAGUUGCAGUGCUGUUGAGAAUGUAUUCCUCUGAAAGGAGUUGAGCAGGACUAACUUCUUGGUAAUCAACAUAAGAGAUACAAACCAUAGUUAUUCCGCUUUCUCAACAGUUUCGAAAAAUUCAAUAUAAUUAUGUUAGCAAAUGUUACAGAUUUCAUAAUUCAUUGAUAUUACUGUGAUAAAAUAUUAUUUAUGAUUCAUGCAGUCUAUUUUUCUAUAUUUUUCAUUCUUGUCUUGUAGUUCAAUGUAGUUGAAAUUUUCUGUUGUUUUCAUUAUUUUUGCUUAGUUUUUUUUUUGUCAGUAAACUAUUUUGUUAAAAGGGACAGAGAGAUCUAAUUUUGAAGCAAUAACCCUUGAAGGGGAGCAGUGGUCUAGUGGUUAAGUUCUCUGCUGUUCCACCUGGAGGUCAUGGGUUCCAGCCCCACAGGGGUCAUGACCAUGCCCUCUCAUAUGACACCAGUACUGGCUUUUCCAGAAAGCGGACCCUAGAGUGAUUCAGAUAAGCUCCGAGCUUUCGCAACAAUGGAACUAAAAUAAAUUAGUAUAAACUAACUUUGAAUGUCAGUAAAUAAUUAAGUGUAGAGUCAAAUGGUCAUCAGAAUUAUUACCUAAGGUAUAAGUUAUAAAUGUCAUGCCGAAAAACAAAACUAUCAGCAUAAUUUACUUUGUUAAGUUUUGGAAACUUUAAGUUAUUACCAAAUGAGUACAUUACAGAAUUUCUGAAUUAACAGACUUAAAACGUGGUGAAAAUUUGUGUCUGGUAUACUCCUACAUGUUCAAGUUUUAAAGACAUUAAUUAAGUGAAAAACACAUGAAAUACAAAUUAUGUAAUAGAUUUGGGCAGAUUUAGUUUUCAGAGUUCUUGAAGGUGUUCAAUAAAAUGUUGUUGCCAGUUUAGUAUGCAAUAUGGAUUUGUUAUGUGUGUCAAUAUCUUAAGUAAUCCACUCAUAUGUAUUUUUAUAAGCAGUCAAAUAUUGCGACAGACACACAAAUACAUUGCACUCUAAAUAUGAGCUGCGCCAUGAGAAAACCAACAUAGUGGCUCUGCGACCAGCAUGGAUCCAGACCAGCCUGUGCAUCCGCGCAGUCUGGUCAGGAUCCAUGCUGUUCGCUUUCAAAGCCUAUUGUAAUUAGAGAAACCGUCAGCGAACAGCAUGGAUCCUGACCAGACUGCCCGGAUGUGCAGGCUGGUCUGGAUCCAUGCUGGUCGCAAAGCCACUAUGUUGGUUUUCUCAUGGCGCGGCUCAAUUAUAUUUUAUAGCAAAAAAAGGGUAUGUAGCAAAAAAGGGUAAUAUACUUGAGUUGUUUUUCCAAUGUAACAGCUAAAUGUCUUGACAUGUCUGAGAUGUUUUCAUUUUGUCACAUAUUUAACAGCACAUUCAGCACUAUAAACAUUGUAUUUUGAUAAGAAAUACAAUAAGGUUGUGAUGAUCGUAGCUUGAUCUAGGAUACUGUAUUUGGUUUGAAUGAAUUUUGCCAUGAGAUUGCAUGCCUUGUGGGAUCCCUGGCCUGGCAAAUUCCAAGAGAGUUGAAUACAACGUGCCAGAUCAAGCUGCUGUUGUAAUGACCCUUUUAUCAUAUAUCUCUACCUUUUUGUUUAUUGUUAUGUUUUUGUCCAAGGAAAUCGGAGUUUAUUAGAGAAGUGUUAAAAUAGAACUGAGUGGGUUUUCUUAUAUGCACUAUUUAUUGAAUUGUGUCGGGUCAUGAAUAUUAAUUAACAGAAGUAGUCCAGCAACAAGUACAAUAUGUGUAUAUGUGAUUUCAGAUAAUUUGUUUUCUGCCUAUUUGUAUUUACUUGUAAAAUACAUGCUGUGCUGUAUUUUUUUACAGAAUGUAUACAGAUAUAUAAUAAAGAAUAACAUAACAUUAUCAAAGACACAAA